AAACAAAAAUUAAUAAAUUUGGAUGGCGUGCCAAUCAAACUUCAAAUUUGGGAUACGGCAGGUCAAGAACGUUUCAGAACAUUGACAACAGCUUAUUAUAGAGGUGCUAUGGGAAUUCUAUUGAUGUAUGAUGUUACCAAUCUUGAAUCCUUCAACAAUUUGUCUUAUUGGCUUAGAAAUAUUCAAGAAAAUGCAUCACCUGAUGUUGUGAAAAUUCUUGCUGGAAAUAAAUGUGAAUGUUCGACAGCACGAAGAGCAGUUGACAAAGAGAGAGGUGAAAAGAUAGCGGAAACUUUUGACAUGCCGUUCUUUGAAAUUAGUUGCAAACAGAAUAUAAACAUUGAAGAGUGUUUUCUUACUUUAGCCCGAAGUAUUAGAGAGCAAAGAGAGCACAGAGGAGAAAACUUUGAUGAUGAUGAACAAUCGAAAGAUAAAAAUAAAUCAAAUGGCUUUGAAGCCUUCACUUUAGGAAAUACUUCAGAGAGUGGGCGAUGCUUGUGUUAAAUUAUUUAUGGUUUUUUUUAAAUAACUUACACUUAAUUUCAUAUCAAGCUGAAAACAAAAUCUUUAAAAAAUUGCGAAUAAGUGUGACGAGUUAUUCACCCAGAACCGAAGCUAUUAAAUAUACAUACCAAUUGAAACCCAAAUAUUUCAGCUAUGGUUUAUAAAGUGAUUUUAAUGCUUAAGAGAUAACUUGUGUUUACUCAGAUCAACAGAAAUUUUCCUUAAACAGGUAGCUAUUUGACUGAGUUAUUGUAUUCAGUUUAUUUUACACUUUUAUUGCCAAACCGAAUGUCAAUGUCAAUUUCGUGUUAAAUGCUACAAUUUUCAAUAUUUUAUUUACAUUUUUUGUCUUUCAAUUACUACAUAAGUAAUUAUACAUUUUAAAUAGAACACAUCGAAAUAAACACUUUAACUUGUAUUUUU